AUGUCGUCUUCCAGUGCAGCCUCUUUGAACAGAACACAUCCACAAAAUCUCGACGACGGAGAUAAAGAAAAGGCUUUUCGUAUCUUUUCGCCAGAAAGGGUCAAACCAGAGCUGGCUGUUCAUCCUGAAGUGAGCAUGGCAUCUUGCCUGAACUCGAAGGAAAAUGAAUGGGCGGCCGGAUUCAAACUUUUCAAUAUCAUCACUGCCGUCGCACUCGUAUGCCUUCUGAUGCUAUUGGAUACUUCAAUUGUUUCAACGGUCAGUUGGUGCAGAGACAUUGGAUUGAGACUCCCCGCUCAUCAUAAAACACAGGCAAUUCCACGAAUAACGAGCGAAUUUCAUUCUCUUGCUGAUGUCGGUUGGUAUGGAAGCUCAUAUCAACUUGCAAGGUCUGGUUCUAUUCCAAAAUUGUCUUUUGCGGCGAUUCAACCACUCACGGGAAGAGUCUAUAUGAAUCUUAACACAAAGUGGACAUUCAUGGGCUUCUUCUUCGUCUUUGAGCUGGGCUCUUUAAUAUGUGCGAUUGCUACAUCAUCAAAUAUGUUGAUUAUUGGACGAGCGAUCGCUGGAAUCGGAGGCUCAGGCAUCUUGAACGGAGCUUUUACGAUUGUCUCUGGAUGCGUACCUAUGUCUAAGCGUCCCACAAUCAUAGGUAUUGUGAUGGGGGGUAGGAUUGGUAGCUGGACCCCUGAUUGGAGGUGCAUUGACGGAAUAUACAACAUGGCGAUGGUGUACGUUCAACAAGAAUACAAAGGAGAUAUUCUCAAGCUCACAUUAAUCUGGCAGGCUUCUACGUCAAUCUUCUAA